AUGGAACUUCAACAAGAAUGGAGUAACUAUCGAAGAUUUUUUUAUUGUCUUACAAAAAAAAAUUUCUUAAAUUUCUCCAUUUCUUCUUGUGUGUUUUGCAGUGUAAGUAGAGAAAAUGUGAGCAGCGAUCAACAGAAUCAACAAUUCCAGCAACAGCAACAAUAUCACCAGCAACAACAUUCUCAUCAAUAUUUGCUUCGACAGUCUUUAAUUAAUCUUACGAGCGCACACAACACUAACAGUAGUAAUUGCAAUUACGACUUAAAUAGUUCUACAACGCCGCAGAAGGCAACAGAAACUAAAUUAUUAACUCCACUUAAAAGCAGUAAAUUACAAAAGUCUAAUUCGUGUAGUUGUGAAUCUCUUAAAUGUACGACAACUAUCGUGUCUGUUACAGCUGUUCAUAACCUCCAUGGUGAUCGCUCAAAAGCAGAAAGUGAACUUUUAAUAUCAAAUGGUAGUGGUGAAAAAAAUCCUGCAUCAUCAAAUAUAUACAGCGUGGACUGUGAUGGGUUAUCUAACAUUAGAGCUGAUGAGCAGCCAUUGAUUCAGAACGAUCAUACAACUAGCAAUUAUUGCGGCAUAUCAAAGCAGAGUUCUUAUGAAAGUUAUAAUUAUGGACAAUAUCCACAGGUGCUGUCCUUAGCUGGUAAAAGUCAUAACUACCUUGACUGUACCAACACAAAUCUAGCUUCAAAUAGCCCUAAUAGUUGUGCUACCAGCAGUAGUACUGGUGGUGUUCCGUCCGCCUGUGAUGACUUCAACGAAUGCACGGGUUUUGAACUUAAUGAGAGUAAUAAAUAUACACACAGCGAUCUUAGAAACAUUGUUGUACAUAAUUUUAGUAAAUCAGAUCCGAUUACGCGUUAUAGUAAUUUGGAAGAUAGGGACGCUUCCUCAUUUUUAAAAAGCCACUACAGUGACUGUAAUAUUUAUCCUAAACCACAUUCAGGGCAACAUUUAACGAACCUCAAAAUUGAGCACGAUAAUAAUCAGUAUGGAGGUGACAAACAACAAUUAGUAAAUAAAACUUAUAUAUUUAAAUGUAUCGCAAAUAGUCCGCCGUUUAUAAAAGCAAAUAAGAUUAAAGAGCAAUCAAAAAAAUUACGAAAUUUAUCAUUAAAAACACGUACAGUUAAAAAAAAAAAUCAAAUUAUAAGUAAAACGAAUGCAGUUUCAGAUAAUUCAUUGCAUCCAGGAGACAAAUAUCUUAAUUUGUAUUUAGUUGAGAAAAAAAGUGUUCAGCAAAGUCAUACGCGUUCUUCAGUGACGGGUUCUAUUUCUUCUAACUCACCAUCUGGAAACUGCGCACGGCAAUUGCCAGCGGUUUCGGCAGUAACUAGAUAUCAACAACUUGUAGUAAACGGUUCAGUCAAAUCCUAUCCCACAUAUCGGUCUACAGUGAAAAGUGAUAUAAAAGACUACAGUACUAAUUCCUCAUUCAGUAAUAAGUUUAAACCAAGCAAAAUAAACAACAAAAACUGUAACUUGUUUACCGGUAAUGCAAACUUAAGUGUGAGUACAAAUUCAUGCAAUAAGCUGCAUGCAACACAACCUUAUGCAAUAUCUCCGAAAAGUUCAUUAUCAAGCAAUGGACAUUUAAACAAACACUUUCUCACCGAUAUAACGCGUCGAAAAACCGAAUUUAAUCGGCAACUCAGCGCACCUACCGAUUAUACCCAAUCGUAUUGUAACGGAUUUCAUUUUGCAGCCAAUGAGCCCGUGUGCGAAUCAACGUCAACGGUUGCAAGUGCAGGAAUCAAUUCUGCGGGUGCUUUAAAAUCACAUCAUUGUAUUUUACCAAAACAAACUUCUUACUCAUGUACAAACAGUUUUAACCGACCUCAAAAUAAAAAAAAUAAAAACACAAAAUUAAAUGAAAGAUUACUGCGCGGAGAAAGCGACGAAUCUGUUCGAUGUUCUUAUUGUUCUGUGUUGAAUGAAAACGACUUUAAGCGAUCGUACGAAAACACCUGCACAGAUUCUUUAGUGACUGCUUUUGAUGAUGAGGCUCUUCUAAUAUGCGAUCAAGGAAGCGAAAUGGUUCACUUUGAUGAUGUGUCGUUGUAUGGAACUCCCAAAGAGGAGCCGAUGCCUUCUAUUCCAAUCGUUUCAGAAAAAGUUUCAGCAAAUUUUUUAAAAAGUCAGCUGCAAUCAUGGUUUCAGCCAACGGACAAUCGGCUAGCCAUGAAGCUUUUUGGCAGUCGAAAGGCUUUGGUAAAAGAGAGAAUACGUCAGAAAACUUCAGGUCAUUGGGUUAUUCAUCCAUGCAGUUCAUUCAGAUUUUAUUGGGACCUUUGUAUGCUUUUAUUAUUAGUAGCUAAUCUUAUUAUCCUGCCAGUAGCGAUAUCAUUUUUUAACGAUGAUUUGAGCACAAGAUGGAUUGCUUUCAACUGCCUCAGUGACACAAUUUUUUUAAUAGAUAUCGUAGUUAAUUUCAGAACUGGAAUAAUGCAACAAGACAACGCGGAACAAGUUAUUUUGGAUCCAAAGUUAAUAGCAAAACAUUACCUAAAAACUUGGUUUUUUCUUGAUUUAAUUUCAUCAAUACCUCUCGACUACAUAUUUCUUAUAUUUAAUCAAGAUUUUUCGGACUCAUUUCAAAUACUUCACGCUGGCCGAGCUUUACGCAUACUACGCUUAGCAAAACUACUCUCUUUAGUUCGCUUAUUACGAUUGUCGAGACUUGUACGAUAUGUUUCGCAAUGGGAAGAAGUAUAUUUCCUUAAUAUGGCAUCCGUCUUCAUGAGAAUAUUUAAUUUAAUAUGUAUGAUGCUUUUAAUUGGUCACUGGAGCGGUUGCCUUCAAUUCUUAGUUCCAAUGUUGCAAGGCUUUCCAUCGAAUUCAUGGGUAUCCAUUAAUGAACUGCAGGAGUCAUAUUGGUUGGAACAGUAUUCAUGGGCACUAUUUAAAGCAAUGUCUCACAUGCUAUGUAUAGGUUACGGAAGAUUUCCACCGCAAUCACUAACAGAUAUGUGGCUUACAAUGCUGUCGAUGAUAUCAGGUGCAACGUGUUAUGCAUUGUUUCUGGGACAUGCCACCAACUUGAUUCAAAGUUUGGACUCCAGUAGAAGGCAAUAUCGUGAGAAAGUUAAGCAAGUCGAAGAAUAUAUGGCUUAUAGAAAACUACCACGUGAUAUGAGACAACGUAUUACAGAAUAUUUUGAACAUCGAUAUCAGGGUAAAUUCUUUGAUGAAGAAUGCAUACUUGGAGAGCUGAGUGAAAAGUUAAGAGAAGAUGUGAUAAACUACAACUGUAGGUCUUUAGUUGCUUCUGUGCCUUUUUUUGCAAAUGCUGACUCUAACUUUGUAUCAGAUGUCGUUACGAAAUUAAAAUAUGAAGUAUUCCAGCCUGGUGACAUUAUUAUAAAAGAGGGUACAAUCGGAACAAAAAUGUAUUUUAUACAAGAAGGAGUUGUAGAUAUUGUUAUGGCGAAUGGAGAGGUAGCAACUUCUCUUUCCGAUGGCUCAUAUUUCGGAGAAAUCUGUCUUCUAACUAAUGCAAGAAGAGUUGCAAGUGUACGUGCUGAAACUUAUUGUAAUCUUUUUUCAUUAAGCGUGGAUCACUUUAAUUGUGUACUCGACCAAUAUCCAUUAAUGAGAAAGACAAUGGAGACUGUUGCUGCGGAGCGGUUAAAUAAGAUUGGAAAAAAUCCAAAUAUUAUGCAACAAAAAGAUGAGCAAUUAAGUAAUCCAGAAUCAAACACUAUUACAGCUGUAGUAAAUGCUUUAGCAGCUGAAGCAGAUGAAUGCAAGGACGAGUAA